UUUUAAUAAACAGACAAAGAGAAGGUCGAAAUCAAUGAAUUCGUGAUACGAGGCUUUGGCUAUGAAUUAAAUAAGUGAUUCUGAUUCUUUUUCUGUGAGAUACUAAUCAAAAUAAACCGCUCAUUUUUCUAUUUUUUCAGCCUCAAUAAUUAUUUUGAACAGUUCCAGAAAAAUACAACACAACCCCUUAUGCCAUUUUCAUCAAAAUUCAAUUUUUAAUACUAUUAAGUUGCUGAAACCAAAAAAAGUUAAAAUUUUUUGGUGACCCACUUAUUGUUUUUAGGAACAGAUUGAAUUGAAGUUCAGAGAAAGUUUGAUUUUUUAAUGAAAUUUUAUCUUAAAGUGGUUGGAGGACACUGUUUUUCAGUUUCCAAUGUUUUCUUUGAAUGUUAAAGCGGUUAAAGUUUGGUUCUUGUGAAGUUUAGGGUAGUGAUUUUGAGGAGUGAGAGCGUGGUGGUGAGAAUUUGUAGUUUCUUUUGCAUAGAUCUGAGUGAAUGGAACCCCCUUCUGGAUUCUAUGCUUCACUGUGGAGUUUCAUCCACUUUCUUCCUUUCUUCAUUGGUCUUCUGGUUCUGGGAAGCAUCAAAGGUGUCAUUCUCUUCCCAUUGACAUGCAUAAUAAUGACAAUUGGGAACUCUGCUAUCAUACUUGGACUUUGGCCAGCACAUGUCAUUUGGAGUUAUUACUGUGUUCUGAGAGCUAGACAAUUAGGACCUCUUCUGAAGCUUGUUAUCUGCAUAUGUGUACUACCAGUACUGUUGAUUUCAUGGCCAGUGCUUGGUAUUAUUGGAAGUAUUGUAGGUGGAGCAGCCUAUGGGUUCCUUCAACCAAUAUUUGCUACUAUUCAAGCUGUCGAGGAGGGAAAAGAUGACAAACUUCUACACUGUUUUAUUGAUGGUACUUGGAGCACUAUAGAAAGGAGCUGCAUGGUCGUUCGGGACUUAAAAGAUGUUUGCUUCCUUUCCUACUUCUCGGUUAUGGAUGACCUGCGACAGAACGGACCUCCUAAUAGUAGAUAUUAUGAAAUCAGUGUGCUGCAUCUUCCUGGUGCUUUUCUAGCUGCAGUUAUUGGAUUAUUAAUAGAUGUACCAGUUAUAUCAUUUGUUGCCAUAUGCAAAGGCCCGUACAUGCUUUUCAAAGGGUGGCACCGAUUGUUUCAUGACCUUAUUGGGCGUGAAGGUCCUUUCUUGGAGACAAUAUGUGUACCUUUUGCAGGUCUUGCUAUCCUUCUGUGGCCAUUGGCUGUUGCUGGGGCAAUUUUGGCAUCAAUUUUAGCAAGUUAUUUUCUUGGUGCGUAUGCCGGGGUUGUUGCUUAUCAGGAAUCUUCUUUCAGGUUUGGCCUUCGGUACGUUAUUGCAGCUCUGUCCCUUUAUGAUGAAUACAGCAAUGAUAUUCUUGACAUGCCAGAAGGAACCUGCUUCCCUAGGCCUCAAUACCGGAAAAAUGAUGACUCAUCACUAAGAACUUCUGGCUCAGCUUCCGUUUCAAGACCUAGCUCCUUCAAAAAGGCUCCCUCUCGCUCAUCUUCAAUAAAAAAUAAUAUUGCCGAGUUGAAAUCACUUGAGCUGUUGGAUGGAUUAUUCAAGGAAUGUUGCAUUGUAGGAGAAAAAUUGAUUUCUGAAGGUCUAAUUACGAGAAAAGAUAUAGAAGAAGCAAAAUCUGGUAAAGGGAGUAAUGUUAUUACUAUUGGGUUGCCUGCAUAUUGUUUACUCCAGGGGCUUUUACGCUCCGCAAAAGUCAAUUCCAUGGGUAUAUUGAUUAAUGAUGAUACUGAACUAACUCUGACAAAUAGACCAAGGGAGAAGUUUUUUGAAUGGUUCCUCAAUCCCCUUUUGAUUAUUAAAGAACAAAUUAAAGCUGAAAAUCUAUCUGUAUCUGAAGAGAACUAUCUCUGCAAAUUAGUUCUCUUGAAUGGUGAUGCAGAGAGAGUAAAAAAAUCAGGUAUUGGCCCGGCCCCAGAAUCAGAGGUCAAGCGCGCCGAACUAGAUGCUUUGGCCAGAAGGCUGCAAGGAAUCACCAAAUCUAUGUCACGGUUCCCAACCUUCAAGCGUCGUUUUGAUGAUCUUGUAAAGACAUUAUCUGAUGAUCAUGCAGAGAAGCAUGGACCUCCACCAACACCAACAAUGAAUAGAUCAAAGAGCGCCUUUGGCCGGUUGAUUAGUUUCAAAUCUGUCAGGGGGGCAAGAACUUAUGGAUCUGGUCAAGGGUCAGAACAUAUUGUACGAGACGAAGAAAAUUCUUGAUAUGAAUACCUUGUAUACUUUUGACCCAAAUAAAUAUACAUGAUUUCUCGAUACAUCAUUAACUGUUUUCUCGGCCCAACAACCAAAAUCAGAAAUUUGUCUCAAUGAAAUAAAACUUGAUUACUGUUUGCUGUAUAUUGCUGUAUAGUACAAAAUAUCAUGUCAUAGGUGAUUUGUUCAUCCUUUUUUGAUCAGUGUAUUUGAUGAUAACUCUAAUAUAUGACCAUGUUUUUUUUCUCCA